AUGAUUUUGGUUAAUGUCAUGAUCGUAGGAGCAGUCCAAACUUGGUGUGUGGCUAAGAAAGAUGUAGACGACCUGUCGUUACUUAAUGCUUUAAAUUAUGCAUGUGGAGCUGGUGCAAAUUGUAAGCCUAUUCAGCCAAAGGCAGAAUGUUAUUAUCCAAACACCAUCCAAAGUCAUGCUUCUUAUGCUUUUGAUAGUUACUAUCACAUCAAUAAUCAAGCUUAUGACUCUUGCGAUUUUGGUGGCACUGGACUCCUUAUUGAAACUGAUCCAAGUUAUAGAGGGUGCAGAUAUCCAUCUACUGUUUGA